CCCAGCCGCGUCUGGCUCCAACCGCCGAAGAACAAGAACACAAGUCUCACUUUGUAACCGGAAAUGCCUGCUUUUCAGAAUUAAAGUCGAACAAGUUCGUCACCCACGCAGGACACUUCUCUGACUUCGGCUCCCCGUCCGGGUUUGUCGGACCGCUGCUCCACCAUCGACGGUUCCGCGGGAGCGGUCGCCGACAGAAGAGCGUCAUGGCCGGCGUGGUGGUUGAAGGGAUGCCGAAGACGGACGUCGGAGCCAGAGUGAUGCUGAGGAGCAAAGCCCGGCGGAGAAAGCGCAGGGAGGUGUUUGCCAUCCAGAUGUGCUUCGCCGGGGUUCUGCUGGGGCUCGUCAUGGUGCUCCAGUCCGUGUCACAGCGAGCAGGGAAUCAUCUUUCCAGCUCCUUGGAUGCAGGGAAAGCAAUAUGGAAGAAUCGUCACCUUCUGCAAGAGGACAAUGAGUACAAGUUCUCAGAACCACAGAAAAACUGCACUGAACCAGCUGUCCAUGAGUUCCCCAGGGAUUAUUUCACCAACCAGGAGCGAGCUGAAGGAGCAGUGGGCCUGCAUGUCUUCUGUGCAGUUUACAUGUUCUACGCCCUUGCCAUUGUGUGUGAUGAUUACUUUGUUCCUUCACUAGAGAAGAUAUGUGAGCGUCUUCAUCUGAGUGAGGACGUUGCAGGAGCCACCUUCAUGGCAGCGGGCAGCUCAGCGCCUGAACUGUUCACCUCUGUCAUUGGAGUGUUUAUCACUAAAGGCGACGUCGGAGUGGGAACCAUUGUUGGUUCCGCUGUCUUCAACAUCCUCUGCAUUAUUGGAGUGUGUGGGAUUUGUUGUGUACAGUCCAUCCAUCUGUCCAGCUGGCCUCUUCUCAGAGAUUCUAGCUACUAUACCCUGUCGAUCUCAGCUCUCAUCGUGUUCAUAUAUGAUGAAAAAGUGGUUUGGUGGGAAGCACUCACACUCAUUCUGAUGUAUUUCGUCUACAUUUUGAUCAUGAAGUUGAAUUCUCACAUUGUUCAUUUUCUGGAGCGACAGAAGAAGAAGUCCUCCAGCUUGAGGAAUGGGGCAGCCACCAAUGCUGAACUGGAUGAUGGCUGUGACGCUACAGUUGUGCUACUGAAGAAAGCAAACCACCACAGAAAGUUGUCUGUACUGAUGGUGGAUGAGCUGUUGUCUUCAUACCCCCACCAGCUUUCCUUUUCUGAGGCUGGCCUGAGGCUGAUGAUCACCAGCCACUUCUCCCCCAGAACCCGCCUCACCAUGGCCUCUAGGAUGCUCAUCAAUGAGAGACAGCGAUUAAUCAGCACACGGACUCUAACCAACGGCGACUCUGACGUGGCUGUGAAAGGCAGCAGCAGGUGGGGGACAGAAAAGCAGCUGUCUGGAGCUGAGAGAUGCGUCAGCAUCCAUCAUGGUGACCGAGAGGCUGGGAAUGAGACGGAGAACGAGGACAACGAAAACAAUGAGAAUGAUGAAGAGGAAGAGGAAGAGGAUGGAGAGGGACCCUUUGUACCCUUCCAGUGCCCAGGGGGAGUUUUUGACAAAAUGAAGUGGCUGCUGGCCUGGCCUCUGUGCCUGCUGCUCUACUUCACUGUCCCCAACUGCUCCACCUCUCGCUGGGAGAACUGCUUCAUGCUGUCCUUUGUCUCCUCUACCCUGUGGAUCGCUGGCCUCUCCUACAUCAUGGUCUGGAUGGUAACAGUUAUUGGCUACACACUCGGUAUCCCGGAUGUCAUCAUGGGCAUCACCUUCCUGGCAGCUGGAACAAGUGUUCCCGAUUGCAUGGCCAGCCUUAUAGUAGCACGGCAAGGAAUGGGAGACAUGGCAGUGUCCAACUCCAUCGGCAGUAAUGUGUUUGACAUUCUGGUGGGGCUCGGUCUCCCCUGGGCCCUAAAGACGCUGGCUAUCAACUAUGGCUCUGAUAUCAAACUCAACAGCAAAGGGCUUAUCUUCUCAGUGGGACUCCUUCUGGCGUCGGUGUUUCUGACAGUCCUGGGAGUUCACCUGAACAAGUGGAAGCUGGACAAACGUCUGGGUUUUAUGUGCCUCCUUCUCUACUCUGUCUUCCUGUGUUUCUCUUGCCUCAUCGAGUACAACAUCUUUACCUUUGUCAACCUGCCUACCUGCCAGGGCGACUGA